UCCUUUCUAAUUAAUUUAAUAUACAAGCAGCGUUUCUGAAUAUGCCUUGAUUACUUCCAAAAUUUCUGAAGCAAUGCUUUCCUCUCUUGGAUUUUGUAUUUUGAAUAUGCUCAACUGGCGCACUUGAAACAUUUAGAUUUAGUUUAACCCUUCGAUUUUUGUAGUUACAAAUGGCAUCACAAUGCUGUAGCUCUGCUCAAAGCAAAGACAAUCUCAUACCCUCCAUUAAGUUUGUAAGACUUCACCAGUGUAACUCUUUUGGAUGAUGGAAAAUUUGGAAAAUCGAGGUUGUCCUUGUCCCAAAAUAGAAAUAGGCAACUCUUGCUGAAACACAUUUUCCAACUGCGCAGAUUUUCCAAUUUUUUGCAGAUUCAUAUUGAUCAGAUUUAGACUUGAUUGGAUUAGCUGCUGUUGUGGCAGUAUAUUUCCAUCAGAAACACUUGUGAGGAAGAUACACUGCAUUUUUAACUGGAUUUUGAUACAUGUUAUGGGCAAAUUGGCUGCUUUUUUCUUCCUCGUAUCCAGCCUGAAGGGUGCUCCAGACCUGAACAUGCUCCCAGAAGUAGCACUAGUGUCAGAGCAACCCCUCGUGACCCCGGUGCCUUCAGAAAUACCCAGAGGAUAUCAUAUUUUAGCUCAUUAUCAGCAGAUUCCUGUGUACUUUAGGAAUGAUGUAGAAUGGGAUGACAUAUACAUAGUAAGUAGAGCAAAUUCUUCUUCUGCCUACUGAGGAAAAUCUGACUUAAAGUCUGAGGUCUGAUGUGGGCUAAUGCUUCAAAACUAACUCUCAGGGAGACAUUGAGACUACCAUUGGAGAGGAUUGCUUUUGGGAAAACAAUCAUACCACUGUGCUUCCUUACAGAGUGUAGUCUCUAUAUUGCUGUAUAUAGCAUCUCAGCCCAUGAAGGUUCUGUCCUUUGCUUGAAAUACUACAUCCAGUAGUACUUAAGCUCUUUCUCUGACAGUUCACAAUGGGUAAAAAAAUGCCACAUUUCACUGCUAAAUAGCAUGUUAAAAGCAGAGCAAUUCAUAUCGGUUUCCCUGAAGUUUAAGUCCUAUAUAAGCAUUAAUCUGAGUUAAGCAAAUCUCAUGAGCAGAACACUCCAGUGACUCUGAGGCUGGUGGUAGCACUUUAUGGAACUCUGACAGUCCCAGAUCAUUUGCAGUAGUUACAAAGAUACACCCAGUCUGGUACUGCUCUUGGUUAAGAGUAUUCCUGUAUUCCUCAUUGGCAUAAAAUAAAAGCUGUGCAUAUAAUUUGACACAAAUUAAUUUAACUGCUUUCAUCCACUUCUUCAACACACACAGUUUUAUUUCAUGUACCUGUGUCUAGAAUGAUGGGUGCACAUGCAGGAACUGUCCUUUGUAGUUUUGUAGUUUGUUUGCAUGCAGAAGCCCUGCUAGACAGAAGCAGAGUUGCUGUGAUGCUUCCUGUGGAGCUAUAGUGAUGCUGCUUAGUUUUCAGCAGAAACACUCAAAAAAACAUAAAAAAAAUAACUAAGUCUUAAGACCAUAAAGGUCAUAGACUGUAAUUUGCUUACAGUUAGUAUAUAAACCUAACAAGAAGUGGUUUUGUCUUAUUAUUUGAGGAACCUUUCAUUGCCAAGGAAAAAUACUUCUGAAUGUUAGCUAAAAAUAAGACUGGUGCAGGAUGAUAAUAACAAGUGCUUGAAAAGAAACAAAUAUGGACUUAAAAACAAAUUUGAUACAGUUCUAAAAUUAUUUCCCUUAUGUAUAAAUCAGGUCAAAUUGACUUUUUCCUGCAAGUAUUUUGUAAGAGGGCAAAACAUGUUACAGUCAGUUAAUGUCUCCUUACUGACACUUCCUGUUGGGAUCAUUCAGUUACCAUGAAUGCGGUUGAAGACAUACAAUUUAUCUUUACCACAUGUCAAGAAGAUCUACUAAUAUUUUUUUCAUAGCAGCUGGGGUUUUUGUGUUUACUCAUUUUUUAAAUACAUCAAUAAGAUUUUUAUACAAAAUUUUUUUCAGUUACAUCAUUGCAAUUCUAGUCAUAUACAACAAUGUCGAGUGAAGAGGGAACAUAUGCCAACUACCGCUAUAUUGGCAAAAUAAAAAUAAUUUUGAUCCCAGCAGUACUAUUUUGAGACGCGCUUUAGGUGAACUAAAUUAAAUACUAAAAUUACAGCUUAGUGUAUCCAGGUUAAAGUAUUGUUUUCUCAGACUUCCUCCUUUUCUUUUCAAGCUGUUGGGACUAUCUGCAAAAUCAGUCCUGAGCACUUCAGUAUCAGUACUGCCCUGUAUAAUCUUCCACCUGUUUUCACUUCCCUAUUGAGAUAAAAUAGACAAUAUUGUAAAAUCUUUAUACAUAUUCAUAUCCCAAAAAAUGCCUGAGACAGAGUGAGCCAAGUUAAACAUACUUAAGUGUUAGACAGAUUGCUUUUAAUGACAAUAGAAAAAGCAAGUACAUCUUCAUUUCAAGUCUAUUCUGGGAUUAUUUUCAGCUCCAUUAGGACAAGUAUAAUGCAAUACUUACUAUUUAAAUCUUAUUUUGAAGGUUAAUUGGAACUUAUUAUAAUGAAUUAUUCUCCCAUGUGAAGAGGAAUUUCUCCCUGAAUGAUGUAAUCAAGAUUAAUUUUCUGUAUUUUGUCUCAUCUACUCCCUAACAAAUUAUAUAGCAUAGAAAACAUGUCCAAAGAAAAAUAAUUCUGUCAUAUUUUGGGAUCUUACAUUUUGUGUAUGUCACUUAAUAACUUCCAGUAAAACAGUCAUUUUUAUUAAAAAAGAAAAAGUUACUUUCUUGUAUUUCUGGACUUAUUUUAAUUACUUACAUUCAAGCAUACAAUAGUGAGCAAAACAAGGAAGUAAACUUCCAUGGUGUUAUCUUCAUGUAUUCUGAAAUUCAUAUUGGCUUUUAAUAAUGCCUAAUAUAAAGAUAAAUGCUAGACAUGUCUGUAGGUCAUAUGAUUAAACAUUUAUGCCUAUAUUAAGAAACACUGGGAAGCUUUUUAUUUAUUUAUCAUUUUGUAUCUUUGGAAUCGUAUUCUAGAAUCAAUGUCCCACAGUCUGUUCAAUUCUCAGAAGAGCUUCUAAAGGACAUGAGCACUAAAGCAGAGAAACAGAACUAAAUAAUAUUUGAGAAACUUGCCGUAAACCACCUUUACUGCCAAAAAGGAGAAUGUGUAACUUUUCCCUAAAAGAAUAGCAAGGUCAUGAGUUCUAUCGUGAAAUAUAUUCUUAUUUGAGUAGAUAACUUCUUGGUUUCAGAGUCAUAAAGGAAAAGCCAUUGGCAGUGAGAAAACAGUACCAGAGAAAAUGCUAAAACAGCCCAAGUAAGCAGGUUGUGAAACAAUUAAAAAUAAUUUUAAAAGAAUUCUGUUUAACUAGCAUAUAUCCAAAAUUAAAUGUUAACAUUUUAAAUAAAAAUUUCAAGCCAUCUCUUUUUACUUAUCGAUUGAGUAUAAUUAAUAAUCUGUUUAAGUCAAGACAGCUCUUAAGAGAUCAGAUCCUUUGCCCUUUAUUAUUCUUAAAACAGCUACAAAGCAACCCACAACCGUAUGUCACAUUAAGUAGUCGUUCAGCAUAUUGCUAUAUAAAUAGUUCAUGAAUUAUAUAUGAGGGGAAAAUUCUUCUGAAGAAAUAUUGGAAGAGAUUUUGCUUGUGUCUACAAGCCUAGACUACAAGCCUAGACUAAUGAAACAUUUUUUUCUACAUCAUAGUCAGUUUUAAGAUUCAUAUCAAGGCUGUAGUAGCCUUUAGCUAGACAGAAAGUCAUUGCGGAUAGUAUGUUUCAAUAAGGCAUUUGCUGUUAUUCACAUCAUUUUCCGGUACUACCUGAACUCACAUAUUCCAAUAACUCACAUAAUGUCAGUUAUUGGAAUAACAAGAAAGUAUUGCAAACGGUAUUGCUAAGAGUAAAUGGAGUCUGGUGAUAUGAAUAUGCAUAUGCAAAGGAUAUAGAAAGUACCCUAAGAGCCAGUGUCACAAUAUUGAAUAAACUGUAUUAGACGAAAUUUGUAUUAGACAAAAAUAUUCCUGCCUACUUACUGGUGGGGGGAAAUAAAAGAAAAAAAAAAAAAAGAACAUUAACUGUUGAUUUUUAAUUUUUUUAAUAUAAGAUGGCACGUUGAUAUUACAUGACUUCUCAUACUAAAUGAUCGGAGACCCAUGAAAUCCACUUUGAAUAUGAAAAGCUAUUUUGUCUUUCUGUAGUAUUGCAGAGGAUUAAGAGAGAUCAAGCAAGGACUGUACAGUAACUUCUGAUAUAAAUACUUGUAUUUCGUAUUAGUCUCUUGAGAAGCAGUCAAUAAUACACAAGUAUUUGCUGUAUAUUUGCUGUAUAUUUGCAGGGUUUCUCUUUUGUGCUUAGUUAUUUAAGAAAUAACCUCAUUACCUAUCCCAUGGAAAACUAUGUUUUUGUGAAAAGAAUCAAAGCAUUUUUCAUAGCAGUUUGUAGAGCUGACAAUAAACCAAGCAUGGAUCAGUAUGUCACAUUCUGUAACUCUAGUGCAAAGUCUCACAUUGAUUAGAGUUGACAGGGAAAUGCCCAUUGUUAAAACCCAUCCAAUGUUAGCAGAAAUGUGGCAUGAAACAGGUUGAACAUGUGAUGGCUGCUGGCACUAUGAGCGUAGUCUAUUCAAAUGUCACAUUAGUAAAGCAGUUUUGGGGUUUUUUUGCAUUGUGCUUAGCACAAGCUGGAAAAAUCUAGUGUGAUGGUCAUUUCCUGCUGAGUCAGAAUGCAGCAAAGCUACUCAAAUGCAAAUGCAGUGGUCCACAGGAGAUGAUUGCUUUCUGGUCUGGAGAAGAGACUGCAGUUUGUUUGGAAAAGUAGAAAUGACCAAAGAGCUUCUAUGAGAUUUGUGAAGGAAAGUAUUUUGAUGUGGUUUUAAAACUCUUUUUUCAAAGCACGGUUUAUCUCUUUAGCUGCUUUGCUUUUGGGUUUUUUUUUUGAGUGAAUUGCUAACAUUUGUGAAUAUGUAGUUGCUAGAUGAGAUCGCACUUCAGAAUGUUUAGCGCAUAAUAUUGAAAGAGGCUUAAAAUCAACAACAGAUCUGUAAAGAUAACUCUGGAUUAUUUUACAGAAAUAAUUUUAGUAAAUGGGAGUUACCCAAUAUAUUCCUCUAAACAGAAAUCUUAACAUAUGGGUAUUUCUAUCCAAACUAGAGAAGUUGGACUGCUUUCCUCUCUUACAGAGAAACAGACUGAAAAGACUCCCAGCUAUAUUCCUGCCCUACUAAUUCUGUUUCCCUCCUUUCCACCAGUUUUUACCCAUGUGGAGAAGAACAGGCUUUUCUUGUGUUCCCUGCAAGUGAACCUUUGCAAGAAGUUCUUUUUCUUGGAAAAUGGAUGCCUGGCUCAAAGUUAAAGGACAUGCAGUACACAGCCCCUAGCAGAAGCUGAAAACGGGUGAUGCCUACUGACUCUUUUCGACAAUGUCAUCUUCUCAUUUCGUGUUUGAGAUGGGUGAUGUGAUCAUCAGGAAAAACUUCUAAAAUAAGCCCAAAGAGUGACCUCUUCAUCCCUUGACUUCUCUUUCCUCAAGUCUAAAAACCAUCAGAAGAAAUGACCAGUCAACUACCAGAGGAGCCUGUGGAGACCCAGAGCUCAGAUGAGCUUGAGUGCAAGAUCUGUUACAACCGCUAUAACCUGCGACAGAGAAAACCAAAAGUGCUGGAGUGUUGUCACAGAGUAUGUGCCAAAUGCCUUUGCAAGAUCAUAGACUUCGGUGAUUCCCCGCAAGGUGUCAUAGUAUGUCCAUUUUGCAGGUUUGAAACAUGCCUGCCAGACGAUGAGGUUAGUAGUCUUCCUGAUGACAACAACAUCCUUCUGAAUUUAGCUUGUGGGGGAAAGGGAAAGAAGUGCCUACCAGACAACCCAACAGAACUCUUGCUGACUCCCAAAAGGUUGGCGUCUCUGGUUAGCCCUUCUCACACCUCUUCUAAUUGCCUGGUUAUAACAAUCAUGGAAGUACAAAGAGAAAGUCCCCAGACCCUGAACUCAACCCCCGUUGUGGAAUUUUACAGGCCUACAAGUUUUGACUCUGUUGCAACUGUGUCCCACAACUGGACAGUGUGGAACUGCACAUCCUUGCUCUUCCAGACCUCAAUUAGGGUGCUAGUGUGGUUGCUAGGUUUGCUGUACUUCAGUUCCUUGCCCUUAGGGAUUUAUUUACUCGUAUCUAAGAAAGUCACCCUUGGGGUUGUCUUUGUAAGCCUUGUUCCUUCGAGCCUUGUUAUUCUCAUGGUUUAUGGCUUUUGCCAGUGUGUUUGCCAUGAAGUUUUAGACUGCAUGUCAUCUUGAUAACAAAUACAGUAAAAUAAGAUGUAUUGUCGCUUGUGUAGCAUAGUUGAUCUAUCCUGUCUUUGUACUCUUAUUUAUUCUUAUUGUUGUCCAUCACACUAAAUGGAAGCAGUGGCCCUAGUUAUACGGUCCUUUUUUUCUAUUUGAUUUGAUUCCCCCCUCCUUUUUUUUUAAGCUAAAUAAUGGAAAUAAAAUUUACAUGCUGAUUUUAAAAGGUCAAGUUGUAAAAAGGGAUACAGCAAAAUUGCCAAACUUGGUGCCUGCUGCUGCUGUCACUAUUCAAUUGAGCAGACCUUUGCUUUCUAUUGGCUUGAUUAUGUCAGUCAAGGCUGCAGGAUCCACACUAGAAGAAAUCAGUACAACAGGCACCUUCCAGGUCAAAGUACAGCAUCUCAUGCUUUGGAAUAUCUGUUAUUUAUCAUUCAUUACCAUUUACAGCAAACAAACAAAAUCUCUUUAUUAGUUAAUAUUAUAAGAUGAAGAAGACAAGCUGCCAUUUCUUUUUCCCAGUUCUUGUUAUAGCAGAAAUAUUUGUUAGGAGGCCAAUGGUUACAGAUUUUUUGCAUUCUGCAACAUGAGGAAUCUUUUUUUGACCAUGCUAAAAACAUGUCUCCAAAAUACUUUCCCCAGACAGAAGCCCACUUGUCACAGAGUUGCAGCUCUCUCUGAAAUACUCUUCCUAAUGAGUAUUUCCAGGCACCCAGCCACAUGUUUGCUCUUCUGUAGGCGUACUUAUUUCAGUGUGCAUACACCUUAGGCUUCCCUUUGAGGGUUCAGAGCUCUGCAGACUUCUCUAGCUAUCUUCUGCUAUGCUUACCCUCCCUCCCAGCAUUUCCUCCGCCACACCACGUCUCCAACCCAUUAGUCCUCCUAACAAAUUGCCUGACCAACUUCAUGCACAUCUACUCUGUGGUAGCUACAUGGGAGAAUUUGGCUUAUGUGACUAGCUAUCAAGAUAGACUUUUAUUCCCAACCAUUAGGAAAUGGACCUUCAAUCACUAAGACAAAUCUCAGAAAAAACUCUGAAACUGUUGAUUUUUUUUCUUUCUGAGUUCACAGAAUGAGCACUGUAAGGAGGUAGCAUGAGUUUGGAAAGGUUUCUGUUUAUUGCAUAGUGCUUCAAAAUGUUUAGUACCCUGAACUCCCUCUGUCACCAUUAUGAGUUGAUGGCACUCUAGGUGCGGCAAUUAGUAUGUCUUGAUCAGUUGAGUUCAGAGGAAUUACUGAUGAUUUACCAUUCCACAAAAGAAUCAGGCCCUGUAAUGCUUGCUUGUAUGUUGCAUGGUUUAGGCUACUUUUGAACUACUGGAAGAGCACCAAAAAAAAAGAAAUAUUAAUGUGUAUACCUAGGUCUCGUCAACGCCACAGCUGCAAACUUGUUUUCCUGUGCACAGCAGGGUUAAAACUGAGGAGUAGAGCAGGGCAAGCAUGGUUUCUGGGACAGGCACAAGAUUCUGUAAUUUCAAGGCAGUGUCAGAGGGAGAAGGAUUUGUUGCAUGAAGACUGAAUGUAUGGCCUAACAAUAUAUUCUUAGAGCAGACUGACUUAAGAAAGAAUGAAAAAUGCCAAUGGGAAAAGCAGAGCAUAAGUGGUUGUUGUGUCUGUCAAGGAUUUGAAGUCAAGUUGCUUUAAUUUUUGUAGAUGGCAUGGAUUGUAUCUACAGUUUCAUUCCUAUUGCGAACAUAGGGAAAAUGUGGAAAUGUAAAGGUCCUGCUUUUCUUGACACUCAUUUUAUAGUAAUCCAUAUAUAUGUGUGUGUAUGUACAUAUAGACACAUAUGUAAGAAGAAAGCUUACAGCAAAAUCAUAGUUUUCAAGUGUAUGGGAUUAUGGAGCUAUGUAAUGAGUGAUUAAUGGAAAUGUUUCAGACUUUUCUGUAAUAAUUUGAUAACAAUUAUAACUAAAAUAUUUUCAGAAUUCCUAGAAAUUACUAUUCCUAAGUAAUUGUUUUUAAUGUUUGUGGUAAAGCACAUAUAGUUAGAAGAGGCAUCAUCUCCAGUUCUGGUAUACUGCAAGGUUUGACUCAUCUAUGAACUCAUAAAUUUAAAGUAUCCAACAACAAUCAUGUCAAAAAGCAAGAAAAAUAGAAACCUAUGUGGUGUUAUAGUACUGCAUAACUUUGGGAAAAGAUGUAUUUGUAGUGUUAGGGAUUUAUAUGUUUUAGGAUUUGUUCAAUUUGUCUGAAUAUAGUGUCUCUAAUAAAGGGCUGACUAAUA